CGCGCUCAGCCGAGCGCCGAGGCGCACUUUCAGGAACAAUAACAGUGCAGGCGGCGAGGGGCCCGGAGCCGCCGCCGCCCCCCCCCGCGCCAUGUACGCCUUUGUGCGGUUCCUGGAGGACAACGUCUGCUAUGCGCUGCCCGUCUCGUGCGUGCGGGACUUCAGCCCCACGUCCCGCCUCGACUUCGACAACCAGAAGGUGUACACGGUGUACCGCAACCCGCGCGAGGCGGAGGACGAGGACGAGAGCCCCGGCGACUGGGGCGACCGCCUGCUGCUGCACAAGGCCCAGAUCCUGGCGCUGGCAGAAGACAAAACUGACCUUGAAAACAGUGUGAUGCAGAAGAAAAUUAAAAUCCCCAAACUCUCUCUCAAUCACGUAGAAGAAGCUGGGGAGGUUACAGAUUAUGGGGAAGAAGAUGUGGAGCUUAGACACAGUAAGAGACAAGAUGGGAGGAAACAAAGUGAAGGUACACACAAAAGCAUCGAAGCAGUUGUUGCUCGCCUAGAAAAGCAAAACGGGAUGAGUCUCAGUAGUAGUUCGAGCCCUGAGGAAACCUUUAUGGAGACUUCGGAAGGCAUCAACAACAUGGACGAUGCUGUAAUUCCUCGUGUUCUCUAUGAAGAAUUGUUGAGGAGUUACCAACAGCAGCAAGAAGAAAUGAGACAUAUUCAGCAAGAACUUGAGAGAACACGGAGACAGCUUGUGCAGCAGGCAAAAAAGCUAAAGGAGUAUGGGGCAUUAGUGUCAGAAAUGAAAGAGCUCAGAGACUUGAACAGGAGACUUCAGGAUGUGCUGCUUCUGAGACUAGGCAGUGGUCCUGCCAUUGAGCUUGAAAAAGGAAAACCAGAAUCAAUUGAGCCUGAGCCUGAGAUACAGAAAACAUUCAGUGAGGAAGCGAAUACAUCAACAUAUUAUCCUGCCCCUGUUCCAGUAAUGGACAAGUAUAUUCUCGAGAACGGAAAGGUCCAUCUGGGCAGUGGAAUCUGGGUAGAUGAGGAGAAAUGGCACCAGCUGCAAGUAACACAAGGAGAUUCAAAGUAUACAAAAAACCUAGCGGUAAUGAUUUGGGGAACAGAUGUUCUCAAGAACAGAAGCGUCACAGGAGUUGCAACCAAAAAAAAGAAAGAUGCAGUUCCCAAGCCACCUCUCUCACCUCACAAAUUAAGCAUUGUCAGAGAUCAUAACAAGAAACAUUUGGAUGCGGUAGCAGCACAAGAAGAUUUGGCCAUGGCUUCAACAAAAAAAUCAAAUCUGCCCCCCAUGAUUGAUAGCCGAUUUACGGAAAAGGAUCUCAAUGACGUCUUUACUUUUGAAUUUGAAAAGCCCAAAUUUGGGCUUUUGGGAAAAGCAAAGAAGAAAUCGGCAACGUGCAAGGUGGAAAAGGAAGUGAAUGGCGAGCUCAAACCAUGUAGCUUCAAGACAAGUGAAGCAAGUGCCGUGAAAAGUUUCAACCUUUGGCGGCAUGUAAAACGUAACCAUCCUGAAAACUAUGCGGCUCUGGUUACAAAAAAGAACCAGGAAGAUGAGGCAAAACAGAAAGCUGACGCAGCUAAACGACGUUCAUCUGGCUCUUUGAAAACUCCUGGAGAAAAGAUUUUUUGCGGCGCUUCAUCUGAAAAGAAACCCAAAAUUGAGCAAACAAAACUUGACUCAUGUUUGAAGUCCUCAAAGGUUACAGUCACCAUGGAUGCCAAUACUUUCCGUGAAGGGCUGAUGGAAAUGGUUUGCUUGAGUUCAACACCGCUCACUACCUUCAGGCUAAAGAACAAAGGAUUCCAAAAAAUUGCAGGUGAAAUGGGUCGGCAGCUUGGCGUUUCGACGGGGCACGAUGCGGUUCGUCAUUUAGUUGUCAGCACAGCUGAGUCUGGUCGCAAAGAGCUCAAGAAAGCUUUGGAGCAAAAAUUGUGCUACCUGAAAAUGGAUGCGGCAACCCGUGGAAACAGAAAUUUCCUUGCAAUCAAUGCUCAGUACUAUGAAGAAGGAAAAGAUAAAGCUGUGGUAAAAACCUUGGACGUAAUCGACACUGAAGGGUGUCACAAUUCUUCGUAUGUGAAAAGUCAAGUAAAAGCUAUUUUAGAAAAAUUUGGGAUCAGUGAAAUGCAAGUGCUGAGCAUCUGCGUUGACAAUGCAGCAAACAUGACGUGUGCUGUCAAAAAUUUCAGCGAGGACAAUGAAACCAUUUCAACCUCUGAGAACAGGGAUGUGGACAGAACUGAAGCUAUGUUGCCUGAUGAAGGAGCUAAAGGAAUGAAUGAAAUCGAACUCAAUGUGGAUGCUGCUGCACAAUGGGUUAAUGACCCUAGCCUCAUACUUCCAACAUGGCUUCAUGAGGAUGACUCAAAAGUCCAACUGAUGAGGUGUGGUAUUCACACUCUUCAGUUGGCAAUCUGGGAUGGACUGAACAAAGAACACGCGAAGAAAUUUCUGGCAAAAAUUCGACAAGUCGUUGUCAAACUACAAACCCCAAGUAUUCAAAGUGUUCUGCUUGAUCUACAUGGAGUAACUCAAUCAUUGGAUACUGUGACUCACUGGGGUUCAACAUUUGUGAUGAUUGAUCGGCUUCUCGUUUUUCAGUCUUACUGUGAACAAAUGGCUGCUGCUGGAACAAGAGAACUCAAGUUAACAAAAGCUGAAUGGGACGAAGUGAAGAACCUGCGAGACCUGUUGGCAAAGCCAAACCAAACAACUGUGAAUCUUCAAGCUGUUGAUGUAACCCCCGGAGUGUUAAUGAAGGAAUGGCGAAAACUGUCAAAAUUCUUGCAAGAAAAUGGUGGACAAAUUGCAGAAGGAAUUCUGUCCUCCAUGCAGAAACACGAAGAGAAGCUUUUUGACAAUAUUCAUUUCCUUGCUGGAGUUUAUGUUGACCCACGGUAUCGGAUUCUUCUUACCUCAAGGGAAAUACCAAAGGCAAGGGAAGGCCUCCUUGAUAUUGCUCGACGACUCGAAAAACAAAAUUUAUUGCUAUAUUUGAACUCAGCGAAAGAGGUUGAAGAAAAUGAAACACAACAAAAGGAGUCAACAAUCGAAUUUGCGGUUUCUGAAAGUUCACAUCCUUCAGAAGUAGCAGGCUGUUCUCAAACUUCAGUCUCCCCUCUGAACUUGUUCGAGCGUCUAUCCGUGAGAUGUCUUCAGCCAUCACGGGGAAAUGGAGAUAAUUCAAGCAUCAAUUCUUCAGAAGAUGACGACUUCGAAAAGGAAUUGGAUAAACAAGAAAGACGCCAGCGAGUUUCUGCGAUUCAUAAUUGUAAUGAAGCAUUAUUUGAGAGAAACUUUCGGGAAGAUUGUGAGGCGAUGGAGUCUAUUGGUAGGCUAAAAGUUAAGUCUGUUUUUGAGGCCAUUCACAGCUACCCACACCGCAUUCAGGCUGCCUGUAGAAUUGCUUCAAGCAUGACAACAACUCAAGCUAGUGUAGAGCGACUGUUUUCGGCUUUAAAGUUAAUUUUAAAUGAUUUGCGGCAGGCUAUGAAAGAUGACUUGAUUGCGGCAAUAAUUUUUUACAGAAUGAAUUAUGAAUGAUUCUAGUUUGUAUCAUUGACAUUUAAAUUGUUUUAAAAGUCUGAAUAAAAAAACGUGUUUUCAAAAUUA